CAAAUUAAUUUUUGGAAUCGCCUGACAAUUCCAAACCAGAAUCUAAAACUCUUCAGAAAUUUCGCAGGACACAUCUCGCUGAUGCUCGCCGUAGUAACAGCGUGAACUGGUUCCUCUAAGUAUGGAAAAUCGCAUGCUCCGAGAGCAAAGCGUGCUCUCGAAAUCUGGCCAAUCAGCACACAUGAGUUUCAGCUGUUUCUAGCUUUGCACGACCUCGGUUAGGAGAGGCACACCAAGGACAUUUCAUUGUUUGGCCUUUUUUUUAGGUUAUAAUUAUUUUUUUUAUCCCCAGUCUACAGCUGCCUGCCAAGUUAUAAUUAGUGAUAAAGUUUUUCCAGACUGGCAGAUGGAAAAUGUCAGCUCCACCUUGCAGUAAAAUGUUCACUGGAAGCAAAUAUAAGCUACUUAUCAAGUUAACAAUGGCAGCCGCUUUGGUGACGGCGUUAACUUCGUUUUUGGCUAAUCUCUCACCCAAGUUAUUAGUUAGUCUCCGCAAAAACUGUAACUCUUGGAAAGCAACUCAGUCACAACACAAAACCACUCUGAUAUCCAAGACUGUUUGUUUACAGAAUUAUUUCCUUCUCGUUUUGGUAUCUUCAGCACCAUCACAUUUCGGAAGAAGGGAUUUAAUUCGUCAAACUUGGGGAACGGACAAAACCAGCCUUCCUGAAUGGAAGACAUAUUUUUUAGUUGGACAAACAAAGAAUCAAACUGAUUCUGAUCUACUAAAGGCGGAAAAUAAAAUCCAUGGUGAUAUUAUUCGUGCUAAUUACUCUGAACACUACUGGAAUCAAAGUUUGAAAGUAGCAAUGGGAUUUGAGUGGGCCGCGAGAUACUGCAAAUUUUCAUAUCUUUUGAAGGCAGAUGAUGAUGUUUUAGUGAACACCAACGAUUUGAUAACUCGUUUACAACGCCCAUCAACACCAAAAAAUGGUCUGUACAUGGGGAAAAUAAACAGAAACGCUGAAGUUCGUCGCUAUGGCAAGUUCUCCGUUAGUCACAAAGAAUAUGCUGGUUCAGCUUUUCCAGAUUAUUGUAGCGGGGGCGGUUUUAUUCUUUCUUAUGAUGUGGUGGAGUGUAUGGUUCCUUCAUUUGAGGUGAUUAAUCCAUUUCGAAUCGACGAUGUUUAUGUGGGGAUAAUAGCGCAUGAAUUGGGUUUAACACCAGUACAUCACAGCUGGUUCCUGUUUCCAAAUUCUAAUUAUGAUGAUUGCUUUUUCACACCUAAUGUGCUUGUUCAACAUCAGGUACUUGGUCAGUGUUUAAUUCAACAGUUACACAUGCACUCUGUUGAUUUUUAUUCUUUUUGGUUGGGGUCGCACUAUUGAUGUUUGAGGGAAAAGACUUGUACAGUGCAACUACCAGCUUCUACUAUUGCCUGAAUUGCUUACACAAAAGCAGGAAACAGUCCCAGUAAUAGUAAUAGCACUCUAAGUUAGGUAAAAUAAAACUUGCUCAGUUUUUUAGUUUCUGUGAUCCUGCUUUUCUCACAUAACUCCAUAGCUUGAAAAAGCUGGAGGCAUCCCACACAAAAAAAAGUCAUUCAGAAACUAUGUAAUCAUAUUUCCUGUUCUAAUUGUAUUUGAUGAUCACCGUUACCAUUAAACUUCCGCUUUAUUUUAACUCUUUGUCAAGUAAGUGGUGUGCUUUGCUUAGAAAUCAAGAGCCAGGUGGCAUAAAAUUAUUUUACACACAAGAUUCCAAUGG